UCCCGCGUUAUGAAAUCAGAUUUCUUUCCCCAUUUUCUUGAAUUUUGUUUGUUCGCCAGAUGGCACUGGGAUCAGUGUCAGUCAGUGGGUGGUGUAAUCAAUGCGUGAUUUUGUUGAAUGUAAACAAGGGUAGAAAUUAUGUUGUUCAUGGCGUAAAUUAGAUAAGCAAAGAGAUGGGGAAGGACGCUGAGCUUCUAGAGGCCGCCCGAUUAGGCAAUUUGCCUAUUGUGGACAAAAUAUUGAGUUCUAAAGCUAGGAAAACUGGACCAUUGGCCAGUUUACGCCGCGGUGUUGGAGUUAACUGCUCAGACACUAACGGCUACACGAGCCUGCAUCACGCUGCCCUCAAUGGCCACUAUGGGAUUGUGUGUUCCUUGCUGCGGCAUGAAGCCUCCCCCAACGUCCAGGACCACAAGGGGUCCACACCCCUGCACCUCGCGGCAUGGGCGGGCCACACCAGCGUCGUCAAGGCCUUACUCACCCUCAGCGUACACAUCCCUGCCAACAUCAACCACCAGGCAGAGACUCCGCUGGAUUUGGCCGCUCAGUACGGCCGCCUUGAGACGGCCGAGCAGCUGAUCAGACGACACCCUGACCUGCUACGGCCGUACACGCCCAAUGCUGCUACGGCUGCCGUGUUCCCGCACACUCCUCUGCAUCGCGCCUCUAGGAACGGUCAUAUCAACAUCGUGCGGCUGUUGCUGACGCACGGCCACCACGUCAACGUGAGGACGAGCCUCGGCAGCCCUCUGCACGAGGCCGCCCUGGGGGGCAAGGUGGAGGUGGUGCGUGCGCUGCUGGAGGCUGGAGGAGACGCUGAGGUGCGCAACGACCUCGGGCUCACCGUCCUGGACACCAUCGGCACCAUCAGCACACCCGUCACCCGACAGAUACUCGGCCUCAUCAAAUUGAAACUUAAGGAACGCACAGAGGGUAACCUUGACGACUCCCCUCUUCUGGACCUCUUUGGGGAAGACCUGCCCUCGGAUGAGCCUCUCCGUAAGAUUCUGAACACGGACUCCCCGAGCGAAGAAAUGACAGCUUGCAGCCUAAUUGCCGACUUUUCAACUAUUUUGUCCCCUAGCUUUUUCCACGGCGGUUCUUCUUCGUAUUCCUCAGCUCAAUCUUCUUUUUCGUCCAAAAACUCACCUCUCGUUACCUCCGUCGUGCAUCAUGGCGCUACUGAUUCCUUGGAGUCUAAGACUUCCAACGCCUCGUCUUUGUCUUGUAAUGGGUGUGAACCUUCUUGCCAGGAGUCGCUCUCGCCUCUGGGUCUCGAGAAACCAGUUGGUACCGAAGACACGAGUAAGUCUAAUCUACUUGACUCUUCCGCUGCCAAAGACGGGUUGUCCGAAUCCAAGGCAGCGAAGACCGUCGAAGACUUUUUCGUGAUUUGGCCAAAAACCGAAGUCAACUCGAAACCCGAAAACUUCAGUAACAACUUAGACUUGUCUGGCAACAACUUGGAUGCUGGAGAUACCAAGAAGUACGAUAAAUCAAGCGACAUCUGUGGGUUAAGCGAAGUAUCAGAUCUUUCGUAUUAUGCCAACAUUGUGGGCGAGAUGAGCGAAACCAACACCACUCCGCUGAUCCUCGAGAAUAUCGACGAGGACAACAACGAAAGUGAUGGGGAUGAGAACAUCACCUCCAUGGUACUGUUCAGGUCAUCACCUUGCCUCACCGCCAAAGAUAAAUUGCCUAUCAAAACGCGAAACUCACCAAAGACCUUUGUAGAAUCUGCAAACUCCGAUCUCUACGAAGACUCGCCAGUUGUUUGCCCUGUUGAAACAGGAACGCGUACACUGGAUGAAACCGAAAUGUCAAACAAAAUUACUUCGUGCAUAGAAUCUCCUGAAUUACCCGACCGCGCUGGAGAACAAGUGAUCGACGAAGAAAGCAACAAAGAAGUGGACGAUAAUCUGGAUCACAUCUACUCAGUUCCUAGCCGACCUUUACCAACCCCGUUAUUCAGCUUCUCCGCUCCGAGCUCGUCGUCCUCUUCUCCAACCAUACGACACUCGUUCCUCACGAUCACCACCACCGAUUCCGGUGCUAACGCCCCCGCUGCUGUCAUAGAGAAGCUCAUCGAUCUUUACGUCGACGAUGAACCCGCUUCUCCUGAAGGUGGGGAUCCUUCUCCCUCAACCCCUGGGCAACAACUUGGUCCUCCCCUUUUCCCUGAAGCUAGUGCAUUCGGAUCCCCUUAUGAAAAUGUCCUCAUCCCUUCUGUAGUCGAACUCCCUAACAAACUGGAGCGUAGCUCCUCAUGCUCUGACGGUGAAAAAUACGGUGGCCGUAUGCCUUCGGACCGUCGCAGCUCGUGCUCGGCGAAAACCCUUCAACGGCCUCGUCACGACCGUUCCGCUUCACGCUCCUCGACGGCCGCGGAGCAAUUCUAUACGAAAUCCACCCCAGACGUGGCUGAGAACACUGACAUCCGCUUCAACAACCAGGACGGUCUCAGCACCUUCACGCACCAGGCAAAAAUUUCUACCGCGAAGAAGCGCAAUCAAUCAGAGAGCGACCGCACCCGGCGCGAGAAGUACAGAGACCGACUCAGCGACCGAAGCAGCGUUGACAACUGGUUGUCAGACCGCAACGAAAGCUGGUUGUCCGACAGAGAAGGCCGUCUGUCCGACCGAGAAGGUCGAUAUUCUGAUCGAGAAAGCAGGCUAUCGGAUCGUGAUAGUCGUGGUAGUCUUUUGUCGGACAGAGAGAACUGCGCUUGUAGUGACAGGGAAAGCCAGUUGUCGGACUGUGACGGCAGAGUUUCAGAAGCGGGCUCGGAGUGGUCUGUUUACGAUGUACCGCCACCACCCAAAGCUUUCACUGGCCGGUCUGGAGGCUCAAAGCAAACACGAGCAAGACUAGAGAGCACCACACCGCACUCGUGCCCCAGCUCGUCUCGGGACAAGCUCUCUCCGGGAGCUGCCUCCCUGGGGAAGGCUCCCCCUAAACCCCCUCGUCGUUCCAUGUGCCCCCCAUCCCCCCCGGCGUCCACUGGGGAUGAACUAGAGUCUGAAAUAACGCCUUCCCCUGGGCGCUCUUCCCACGAUUCCUUACUAGAUUCCCCACACGCGGGGACUGCUGAACUUCAACCUAGUGUCUGUACUGACCCCAGCACGGGUGUUGUAACUGAUCAGAGGUCUGGGGUAGUUCCGAACACUAUUGGGGCUAUCUCAGCCCCUAUAUCUGGACCCUGGUAUAGAUAUGCGACAUCCUUCAGACGAGCAAGACUAGAGAGCACCACACCGCACUCGUGCCCCAGCUCGUCUCGGGACAAGCUCUCUCCGGGAGCUGCCUCUCUGGGGAAGGCUCCCCCUAAACCCCCUCGUCGUUCCAUGUGCCCCCCAUCCCCCCCGGCGUCCACUGGGGAUGAACUAGAGUCUGAAAUAACGCCUUCCCCUGGGCGCUCUUCCCACGACUCCUUACUAGAUUCCCCACACGCGGGGACUGCUGAACUUCAACCUAGUGUCUGUACUGACCCCAGCACGGGUGUUGUAACUGAUCAGAGGUCUGGGGUAGUUCCGAACACUAUUGGGGCUAUCUCAGCCCCUAUAUCUGGCGGGGGAGUAGUGAGCAACCCUGCGUACGAAAUGAUCUGUUUUGCCUCCACGGGAACCGCGAAGCGACGCACGAAGCACAAGAAACAUGAGGGGGAGCAAAGCAGCAGGGGGAGUCGGGGUGAAGCUCCCCGUGACUCAUCCUCCCACGCGCGGUACCGCAACAGACUCACCACCUCCGACUCUGACUCUGACCACGACCGUUCCCGUGAUAAGCCGUACGCGCAGAUAGCUUUCAAGCCCGUAAAGAGCAAGCGAACAUCUAAGACGACCCCUCACAGUUACGAGAAUCAGCCUCUCUCAUCCUCAACUUGUCGACACGGAAAUCGCCCUGAACCAAGUUCUUCCCCAGUACCUCCAUCUGCUCCUCCUCCAACCCCUCUCCAGAAACUACCUCCUGGUCUCCCCUCUGAAUCUCGACAGCCACGUCACCACCAUUCGUCCCCGUCACUAGUCCCAACUACCCUCACCGUCGCCCCUCAUCCCAGCGAAGGCCCUCAUCCCAACGAAGCUUCUCACCAUGUUGACGACGAGGUGCCACCUGAAGAUGGCCACAGAAGCGCUGAUAUCUCAACCACGCGCAAGGAAGAGUCCUCUGGCUUCAGCUUCUCAGGGUAUAACAUCAACCGAAUCUCUUCGGCCAUCAGCAAAAACACCCAACAGCUUUUCAAGUCCUUCUCAACCAUCGCUACCUCGAACUCAGGCUCUGGAGUAGCUGGGUCCGCAACUGCUCGACAGUUCGCCAAAGCCUUCAGCAUUAACGUUGGUCCGGAGCAAAGCAAAUCUGAUGACAAAGACGAGGCCAUCAACAACCAAAUCAUUGAGGAUGUCGCCGAGGUGGACAACAACCAAGACAGACGCGCCGAAGACGGUCGUGACUCAGUGUCUCCGCGUCCCACGGACCUUGCGUUCAAGGGCUCGUCGUCCACCUCUAGCGCGGAACCUCGUGAGGAAAAGCGGUUGGGAUUUGGCGAGGUGGGCGGAAGCGGAGAGGAAGCUGUGGUGCUGAGGAGGCCCUCGAGAGCGGCGACCUCCUCCUCCUCCCCCUGCCACGGGGCUACUGACGACAUCAUCGUCGAGGACAUCUGCUCUGAGCAACCCUUUGCGGGUCUGAUGCGGGGCAGCGGGCUGAUGGAGUGGGCUGGCGAGACCCCCGUACGCCUCCAGCCCCCCACCUACUCCCCCCCAUACCCCCAACUCGGUUCCAGCAUCGUCGGCGAGCGGCUCUCGAACGCUGCGGGGCGCGGUGCCGCAGAGGAGGCAGAAUGGGACGAAAUUGAAGCCGCUCUCUGCCGCGUCGUCGACGAUUUGCCUUCGUCGACGACGGUGCUCAUGGCCGACGUUGAGCUGGAAAUUGAGCAGAAACUCGGCCUGAGUCUGUCCUCGUCCCAGCAAGGCCUCGGUAUCCUGGAGGACGUGACAAGAAAGACCGCCGCCGCCAUCAGCGAUGCCGACGUUGAUGUAGGCACCCACAACGGCGAUGUAGCCCUCCAGCACGCGUCGGUGCAGGAGUGGCUAGACGCCCUGCAUCUGCCGCAGUAUCUCAAGACAUUCAUGGACAGCGGCUACGACAACAUUAACUUCAUGAACGGUGUUCUGAGCGAAGAAGACUUGUCGGCGCUGGGCAUCAAAGAUGAUGCCCACGUUCGGGCUCUGAUGGCGGGUCUCGCUGAGCUGCCCGCUAGCCUGCCCCCCGCCAACAGCCUCUACAAGGUGCCCAGGACGGUGCCCGAGUGGCUAGACUCGAUCGAGCUCCCACACUACGCCGAGAUAUUCUCCAAGAACGGCUUUGGCAGCAUGGAGCGCGUCAAGAAGAUAUGGGAGGUGGAGCUAUGCAUGGUGCUGGAGGUGAACCAGCUGGGGCAUAAGAAGAGGAUACUCAUGUCCCUGGGUGACAGGCCCAUUGAGCCUCCACUGCCUCCGACGCUAGAUCCCAAGGACCUCAGCGUGCAUCUCACGCAGUUGAACGACGACAUCACGGAGCUGAAGGAGCAACUGUUCGCCGACCUGCCGUCAGCCGUGAGCAGGGAGCGCCGCGCCCCUGAGUCCACCAACACCACCAUCAGGCGCUCCGGCAAGAAAACCCGCGCUCCUCUGCCCCCCACCUUCAU